UUGAGUGCAUUUGAGCUUAGGUGAAACUAAUGAUCGGCUCCGGCGACUAGGCUAUCCUAGCGCCGAUUAUAGUUAGCUAGUCGGCCAAAUCCAUAGCUGGUUACAUCACUAAAUAGUACCUAAGUACAACAUUUAUACGAUAACGCGGUAAUCUCAGUGAACUGUCAGUUUACCUACUCUUUCUAAUUCUGGAUAGAUGUAGCAGCAAACGACUCAUACGUCACCAAGUUAUGUAGUACUCGUUCAACUGAUGGUGUGAAGUGACUCAGCCAUAUUGUUGAGCAUUCCGUUCCGCUAACAGAACGAAUCAGCAACUGGACAAACCUAGCCAUUGUGGAUUUAUUCCGAAUGCCGAAUUUUCCUGCUACCUGGUUUUACUUAUUUUUUUAAAUAAAAUUUAUAUUAUUUAUAUUCUUAAAUGAAGGGUUCAAUAAUCUAGUAAGUGUAUUCCUCAUUCAAAUUAGUAAAAUGGAACUCCUGAAGCUUUGUGGUUAUUCAAAACUGACAAAAGCAAGUGACGGAUAUAAAAUGUAACGACUGUGGCAAAAGGGCCAUUUAAUUAAUUACUUAUGACGGUAAUAUUUAGUCGAAUGAUAGAUAAAAUCUUAAUAGGAACUCUAAACAAACAAACAGUAAUGUUUUUACCGUAUCUAUUACAAUAGUUGAGGAUGUUUUGCACAUAGGUACCGUACUUCCUGGCGCAUUACCAAAAUCAUGGUUACAAAGUCAUCCUAUUCAUCAGACAAGGUAAACAGACUUGUCUUUUAGUAUAUAUUGACUUAGCAUGUAUUUGUGUGAUCAAUACAGGUUUAAUUGUCAUUGUGAAGUGUCGUUAGAAAUAAACCAUGGGUCGUUUAUCUUUUGUUUUGAUUGUUGUUAUCGCUAUUGCGAACAAUGCAUGGGCGAUAUCGGGAGUCCAAAAGACCGUAAUCCAAGCUGAGUUCGUAACGCGGGGUUUGUCCUGCUUAAAGAGCAAUCCUCUCACCGUGGAAGACAUUAACUCUCUCAGAAUGCUGAAAUCGCCCGAAAGCAGCGGCGCUAAGUGCUUCACAGCUUGUCUCUUUAAGAACAUUGGUAUUUUGGACAACUCAGGAGCAGUAUCAGCAUCAAAUGCCCGGAAGAAUGCAAAGCAAGUCUUCGCUAAUGAUGAAACUAGUCUCAACAACGUUGAAGAGCUUGUCAAGGAGUGCGAGAAAGUGAAUGGUGAAAAUGUGGCAGAUGACAAAGGCUGCGAUAGGGCUGCUCUAGCAUUUGCCUGUUUAACUGAAAAUGGAGCUAAGUAUGGCCUCGAUCUCAAGUUUUAAGAAAUGAACCGAAAAUGGACCACCGGAAAAGUACAAACAUGACAAGGAUUUAAAUAUAGGUAUUAUAACGAUUAAAUGUUCCAUGCCCUAUUCUA